AGAGGCGCCGCUCAUCUGGGUCUUGUUGGCCACGCUCGGAACCACCACACGCCGAGUUUUUUUUUUUUUUUUUCCGGGAUCAGCUGUAACAAACAAAGCACGGCGGUGGCAGCCAUUUUGAAAUGUUUCUAAAAUGUACAUAUAUACCUGGAAAAAAAAAUCAGAAUUACAUUAGGCAGGAAAAUUACAAUAGUUUGACCUUAAAAAAUGUUAUGACCUUAUAUUUCAUCUAAUGGACGAUUUGCACAGGAACACAUUGAGCAUUUCCAAAGGUGCUAUGGCACAUCAGGAAGCACUUGCUGUUAUUGAAAGUGAUAAUCACCCUCCUCAAAGUGUAAAAAGUAAGCAAACCCCAAGCUCCCUAGUACGUGGGAACUUGAUUCUGCGACAAAAUGGACCAGUCUACGAGGGUGGUGGGUCUGGACGCGCAGGGCAACAUGCUUUUCACUAUGGUGAAGCCGGUCAUGGGAAUAUUUCAAGUGUCCUCAGACCAAACGGUGACCCAGGGGGGGAUGGGUCUUCAGGGUUUACCUGAAAACACACUGGUGCUGCCUUCUGCACAAGACCAGGUUUCACUCGAAACCGCUCAGGUUGAGAUGCAUGCUAUCCAGCCUCAUCUUCAGCCCCAGAUGCAGAUAUCUGUCCCAGUCCAGACUGAGGAAGCCAUGCAGGGUCAGGGAACACCACAGAACUCCCGCACUACUGCAGAGCUCUCUACACAGAUGCCCUUUGCAGAGGUGUCGUCACUCCUGGAUCCGAACAUGAAAGGAUCCAAGGCUCGGAAACAUCUCAUCUCCUACGAGGAGAUCAAGCGCCGUUUGCAGGCACCGGAGAAGAUGUCCCUGCGCUCGUUGGCCGCCUACACGCGAGUGAGCCGAGGCCCGGCUAGCAAGAAGACACUGCUGGAGUCGCUGAGCGUCCUCGGCCUCACACCCAGCACGACUACCUCUGUUUCCUCAUCCUUCUCCAAACUCACUGAAGGUGACACCAGAGCUUUGUGCGACGAUAUGAAAGACUUCUCGCAUGACUACAUCGACUAUGGCAACAUGGCGAAACAGCUUAUCCCUGAAACAAACACAGUCCAACACUGGUCCAAAAUAAUUGAGACAAAGAAUCACCUAGAAGACAUGCGGAAAUGUUUCAAAGACCCAGCCAACAGCGGAGCCUUCGACAACGCGACCCACGGCCUCGGUCUGGGAAUGCUGGACGUGGCUCUGGACAUGAUCGUCACGGCGAUCGAGCAGCAGAUUCGCAUCCUGUCUGGCGCCGCUGCCGCAGAACCUCCUGAAUCCACGGUGCUGACGCGCCGCAUCCGCCGACGACAACGGCGGUGUUACAAAGCGUCUCUUGGCAUCAAGGAUCAAGGGAAGGUCAUCUCCAAAGGCAAAGGGCGAAGCAGAGGGAAGAAGAAGGUGCAUCAGGAGAACCGAGUAGAAGUGGAACCCUGCAAGAAAGAUGACGUGCAAGGCAACAUGCUAACUCUGGUGUCUGUGGGAUAUGAGACUGUUUCCACCGGUCUUAGCGGUUCCAGACCGGCUUGAGAUGACAUCAUGUUUGGUUUUACCAGAUUGUUCUCAGGAAGGACCAAAAAGAUUAAAGACACAUGUAGUGUUUUGUAUCAAUGUGAAAAUAUCUCCUGAUGUAACAGUAGCCUCUUUUAUGGUGUCCUUUUUUUCCCCCCUGAAAC